AAUUUGUGUGACCACCUUGUGAGUUAAUUGAAAUCUGAACAUGGUGUUCUAAUUAUGAGAAGCUUGACUCAAAAUGUGCAUCUAUGGCUGCGUCCCAUAUAUCGACUGAGCAGAAGAAAUGUCUGCCGCACAUUGCUAAUUUUUCAAUCUAGAAAAGUUGAACCACUAAAUCAGGAAAGACCUGAAGGAGUAUGGUGAAGAUUCCCAGGGCAGAGAAAAAGCAACUUUACUCCAGAGUAACAGAAGGAUGAUACAAGAUGGAGAAAGUCCGGAAUGAGAGGAACAGGAGAGAGAAAAGAAUACCAAUAGGUGUGUGCCUUCAGGAAGAGAGGAUAGCAGUAUGGAAAAAUGUUGCACAGAUGGCAAUAGCAGGAGGAAUGUAAUGGAUAAGAAGACUGGGAAAGCACUUGUGCAGCAGUCACACUCAGAGCCAGGUAUCAAGAGUGAAAAAAUGGAGUCUGUGAGAGGAGUGAAAAGGUUGAAAAGUGUCCUUGAGGAGAGAGAAAAGAGUGAGGAGCUUGGCCAAUGCCUUCUGUGUAAAGGGGCAGUGACUAGUGUGGAUGGAGUCUGCGUUGGAGUAGACUUUGAGCUUCCUUUCAGUGGACUGGAUGUUGUAUCUCUCUUGCAGUGUUAUAGUGUCUCUCUCUCAUUGCAAGAUACUUUGCAGUUGCACAAAAGAACUGACCUCUGUAAGGAUUGCUAUGAGUUAGUGAUGAAAGGAGAUUCAGCAUAUAGUCAUGUAUAUUCUGUGGCCUCUAAGAUGAGUAGAUUAUGGUCAGGAAGGAUGUCAGAGUGUGUUACUUUCUCAUUAAAUGUUAAUAAUUCCCAUAAACUUGCUUAUCACUGUAUUUAUUGUGAGGAAAAGUUUCAGGAUGAAAAUGAGUGGCAUUUUCAUAUGAAAAUGGACCAUAAAAUUAAUGUCAGUUUCCAGGAAUCAACAUCUGGUGAUGGAGAAAAGGAAAAGAGUGAAUCACUUAGAACAUCCGUCUGUAAAUCUGACAAUAACUUCACUUGCACUGCAUGUUGUCAAACCUUUAAAGAUCAAGGGAGCUUCCUUACACACAAGAACAAAAGCCAUACAAUUUCAACAGUGUCUGAAUCUGAAACAGUGUGCAAAUCAGGAGUGAAUAGUUUCCUAGAUAUAGACAACAAAGUAGGUUCUAAGAUCCAUCAGCAGAAAGCAUUGAAUUUGAAAACUGAUUCUAAAAGUCAGGAGAGAAAUAUGCUCGAGUAUCCAUCAUCUCUUAGACAUAUUUUCUGGGCCAAACAUGAAAUAAUGCUGCAGGAUAAGGAAGAUGAACUGAUAUUAUCAUAUUUACAAGAUAAUGUAAAUAAUGGGGGUAAUGUACAUGGAGAUAAUGAACAAGCAAGUGAGAAUGUGACUGAAGUAAGUGAUAAUGUUUUGAGAAAAAAUGCUACUGAUAAAAAGGUACACAUGCAGGUAAUUCCAAAAAAUAAGGAAAAAGGUGAAGGAAGCAGACAAUCAGAAGAAGGGGAUUUCAGAAGAGGAGUGACCAUCAAUUUGAAGUCCAGAGAGAGGGUGAGAACUAGCAAAAAACUUUUGACAUACAGGUUUAGUAAGAAGAAGAGCCAGACAGUUAUACAGGAAGAAGACCCUAAGAGAAAUUUCAAAAGGGUACAUGGCCAGCAUACUUACGAUAAACAACCAAAGAGAAUCACCAAGGCCCUUGUACAGAAAUACCCCAUCAGUAGCAAGGGGAAGAAAUUAGAUAGUUAUGAAACACAGCAAAGUAGUUAUCACGGCAAGCAGAAACACCCUGAGACACGAGAACUUUACAGAGUAGCAGUAAACCCUCAGAUCAAGGAAGAAAAUGACCAAUUACCACUUCAGGAUGAAGAGACGCGUUCAGCUUGUGGAGAUGAUGGCAUGACCGAAGCGGACAUCUUGGAAGACGAUGUGGAAACAAAUGUGAAUGUGUCACAGGAAGGGGGAUGUGCUGUUGUGGAUAUUUAUAAUGGACCAGUGAAUCUUUGUGAUGUGAGUGAUGACUUCCGGUGUAUCAUCAUUAACGGGUAACGAGAUAUUCUUCCUCGAUGUGUGUUUUGGAUUUUAGUGUAAUAUUUCUUAUUGGAAGAUGUCUCAAAAAUCAGUCUUGUCAGUACUGUAGCAUGUCUUAAAGAUUGAAAAAAAAUGUAUUUUAUGAUUUAUCCAUUAUUUUUAUAUAGUAUUUAUAUGUAUUUUAUCUGGGAUGAUUUAUGGAUAACCAAUACGCAUGUAAAAGAAUAUUAUUGCCAUGAUAUA